UGACUGAUCACCUAGUGCUCGUGAUCGCGCCACAGCAUCAUAUCCGUGAGUAUAGAAAGUAUCUCCCGUCGAUAGACGACACAUUAUUCGCAACCAAACUUCUCUGAACCACGAACUGCAAGUCAGCAUACCACACGACUGUUACAAUGUGGUGCUCCGGGACCUUUUUCUCGAGCGCUUUGAUGUUCGCCCUGGUAUUAUGCCACAAUUCCGCAGCGAAUGAGAGCGCCUAUAACGCUCUUUCCACCGUUCAGGACCCUACUUGCAGAUGCGGUGCCUCCGCAUUUUUAAGCAGCCCACACACGAACAUUUCCAAGACUGAGCCGGUGGACAGAUGUUUUGAUUAUCGCCUGCUUGAUGCCAGAGGCACCGCCGAACCACAAGGGGUGUCCUCGAUGUUUCAAUCCCUUAUUGCCCAAGUCUUGGCCAAUCGUACAGGAGGCUACAGCCAACCUGUAGUGUACCCGGCCGACCCAGAUCAGAACACGACAUCUGGACAGGGUUACCUCUUGCGCCAACUUGAAGCUGGAGUCAGAGCCUGUCCCCGCCAGAAAUUCGUGAUUCUUGGAUACUCCCAAGGCGCCAGUCUUAUAUUAGAAGCUUCAACUCGUUUUGACCAAUUCAUUUCAAACGCGAUCGCAGCCAUUAUUCUUGUCGGAAAUCCUUAUCGCAUCCCGGAGAAGAAGUCUAGCGUCAAUAGUCGUGGACUCCCGGACAAGCGGGCUACAAUUGGUCGUUUCGCAGUAUCUGCCCUUUCUACCGGAUCAAAUGUCCCGCAACUUCCUCUGGACCUUGAUACAAGCGGCAAAGUGCUCGACUACUGCCUAGAGCACGAUACUGUUUGUUCAAUUGACCCAGCUUGUGAUUGCCAGCUCCCGGCAGAUCACCUGUCCUACGGGUUGAUUCAAACUGUCCAAGAAACUGCUUUCGAGCAUAUUAUCCAGGCUCUUGCUUCAAACUGAUAGAGAACAGUCCAGGCCUGUGUAUGUUACGGUUUCAAUUCUAUUAGGACCAAGAGUUAACCAAAUACGAAACCGUCUCUGUUUGAGACCCGACAACAUAAUAGAGAAGGUGUAUCCGACCUGACUGUGUAUGUAGAGACCAGCUCUGUUAGAAUAGAGAUAAAAUAGAGCAACUGUCCGGG